GGAGCCUUUGAAAAGCCGUGGGCCCUCCCACCGCUAUUGUGCGGGGGAAGAUGUAGCAGCCUCUUCUCCGAACCACCCCUUUGCCUCCGGACUUCUCUGGGGCCAGCAGCCGCCCGACCUGGGGCCCGGGGCCACGGGCUCAGCCGACGACCAUGGGCUCGGUGUCUAACCAGCAGUUUGCAGGUGGCUGCGCCAAGGCAGCGGAGAAGGCGCCCGAGGAGGCGCCGGCUGACGCGGCCCGGGCGGCAGAGGAGCCGCAGCUGCUGCACGGGGCCGGCAUCUGUAAGUGGUUCAACGUGCGCAUGGGGUUCGGCUUCCUGUCCAUGACCGCCCGCGCCGGGGUCGCGCUCGACCCCCCAGUGGACGUCUUUGUGCACCAGAGUAAGCUGCACAUGGAGGGUUUCCGGAGCCUCAAGGAGGGUGAGGCAGUAGAAUUCACCUUUAAGAAGUCCGCCAAGGGUCUGGAAUCCAUCCGUGUUACCGGCCCUGGUGGGGUGUUCUGCAUUGGGAGCGAGCGGCGGCCAAAGGGGAAGAACACACAGAAACGAAGAUCCAAAGGAGACAGGUGCUAUAACUGUGGUGGUCUAGACCACCAUGCCAAGGAAUGCAAGCUGCCACCACAGCCCAAGAAGUGCCACUUCUGCCAAAGCAUCAACCAUAUGGUGGCCUCAUGUCCACUGAAGGCCCAGCAGGUCCCCACUUCUCAGGGAAAGCCUGCCUACUUCCGGGAGGAGGAAGAAGAGAUCCACAGCCCUGCCUUGCUCCCAGAAGCCCAGAAUUGAGGCACCAGAGCCGGGGCUAUUCUUUUGCUAUUGGGGAGUUUCAAGGAGAAGGCAUCAAUCGGCAGAGUGGAGAAAGUGGGGAUAGGGUGGGUUGUGGGUAGCUGGCACUGCCAUAUGUCUCAGGCCGGGGUUCCCAGUAUCACCCUGUCUUCCCUUGGUGGGGGGGAAGGGGGGCAAUGGAAACUCCAACCAUGCUUUAUCUAAAUGCAAGUGAAGGCUUUCGUGGGGAACUACCCUAGAACCUGCAUGCAUUAGCUGAGGCUUUAACCUAAAAUGACAUGUCUUUGAAAGUGGCUGGGAUAGGCAAGCUCUUCUGUAGAAGGCUGUGUGAUAGUUCCCUUGCCAGACAGGGUGUGAAACAAGUGUAAAACCACAUUAAUGAACCUACCCACCAGCUACUCUAUUCCGUGGGAGGGACGCAAGGUUUUUUUCACAUCUUGCUUAUUCAUAACCCAGUCCUGGGAUGUGGUGCUGGGAACGGUAUCUGUCUUCUGCUGUUACUACCUCACUCCCAGCGCUUUCUGGGCCAAUGUGACUUUAAUUUAUUUGCUCCCUUGGGUAACUGCACCUUGGGUCCCACUUUCUCCAGGAUGCCAACUGCACUAUCUGUGUGCGAAUGACGUAUCUUGUGCGUUUUAAUUUUUUUUUCUUAAUAUAAAUAAUCAGUUUGUAUUUUUGUAUAUUUUAAGCUAAGGCCCUCAUUCCUGCACUGUGUUCUCAGGUACACGAGCAAUCUCAGGGAUAAUAAGUCCACAAGCAGCUCCAGGCCUGCACAGCAGGAAAACUUUUUGUUUUGAUCACCAUGGAGACCAACCAUUUGGAAUGCACAGCCUAUUGAACUACCUCAUUUUUGCCAAUUACAGAUGGCUUUUCUGCCAUAUAGUCCUUAAAACCUUUGUCCACCUUAAAAUGUUUCACAGGAGGCUAGGUUUUAAUUAAGCUACCCAUGACUUGAUCCCAUUUUUUUGGCAAAAGAUAGGGAGUUAGUCUAAACAGGAAAAGAUGGUACAGAGAUGUCAAAAGGCUGGGCCAGGUGAAAGCCACAAGAGUAAUUUUUCAUCCCAAAUCCAUCCUUCACCAGAUUAGUCAAAGCCUGCCAUACACAGCAGGGUGUGAGUGUGUGUUUGUGUGUGUGUGUUGGUUUUUUUUUAAUGCAAAUUAAUGAGGAUGAGGUUUUUUUAUUUGUUUUUAGAUACUGGGAUUGAACCUAGGGCCUCAUUCAUGCUAGAACAUAUUCUGCCACUGAGUUCUCCUGGUAAAGAUACAAUUUAAGACCAACACCCUUAUUCCCACACUGUGCUGUCUAGGGAUGUCCUAGC